UUGCUUACUUUUCGGCUGCAGUUCGAGGGUCGCUCCUAAUCGAUACACGAGCGGCCCACAUUUUCCCGCGGGCGGUGAGAAGGCUGCGAAGCUUAGAACUUUUUAUUGCUCCGGUACACGAGAAACUUCUUCCACCUCAACCUCGUGCAACCAGCAAUCCCCUGGCUGCGCAUUCUCCCCAAAUUCCCUUUUCGCAUACUCUUCAAUUGCGAACAUCUACCCAGUUUAAUUUAGAAGAAAACACCACACACCCUUCAAGAUGCCUUCCGUUCCCGCAGGCGUCUACGGGCGUCGCAUUCCCGUUGGCGGUCUGCCCAUCCCUGCUGCCGUCGACCCUUCUGCUGCUUUCCGCAUCACCAUGGCCGCUAUCGACCCUAGCGCCGAGCCCCAGAUCGACGAGAACCACAAGGUUCCUCGCGCGACUCUGAGGAUCAUCCGCAUCCCCAUGGACCUUGAUGACGAGGAGGAGGAUGACGAAGAUGACGAGGACUUCGACGGCGAGGACGUCGAGAGCAUCAUUGCCAAGCUCCGCGCUGGCGGUGUUGCGCUCCCCGAGGAGGAUGAGGACAGCGAAGACGACAGCGACGACGAGUCUAACGGCGGCCCCAGCGACAAGGUCAAGUCCAAGACGGCCAAGGAGGCCGCCCUCAUGAAGAAGAUCGCCCAGGAGAUGGCCGAGGACGAGAUGGAGAUUGAUGCCGUCAACGGAAAGGGCAAGGGCAAGAUCUCUGCCGACGAGGACAGCGACGAGGAUGACGAGGAGACCGAGGAGAUUGAGGAGUUUGUCCUCUGCACUCUCGACCCCGAGAGGAACUACCAGCAGCCUCUCGACAUCACCGUCCGUGAGGGCGAAGAGGUCUACCUCCAGGUUGACGGUACACACGAUGUCUUCGUCACCGGUAACUACAUUGCCUUCCCCGACGACGAUGAGGAAGAUGAGGAGGAUGACUAUGACGAGGAAUACGAUCUCUCUCCCGACGAGGACGAGCUUGAUGUCGACGAGAUGGACGAGUCCGAGGACGAGCUCGAUGGCCUCGAGAACCCGCGCAUUACCGAGGUCGACUCUGAGGAGGAGGCCCCCAAGCUUGUUGCCGCCAAGAAGGGCAAGAAGAACAACAAGCGCGCCGCCGAGGAGGAGGCCAGCCUUGACGACCUGAUCAGCAAGGCUGCCACCAACGGUGAGGCCAAGGCCGCUAAGAAGGUCAAGAAGAACGAUGGCCAGGCUGUUGCUGCUGAGCCCAAGAAGGCUGAAAAGGUGGAGACCCCCAGCUCCGACAAGAAGAAGGUACAGUUCUCCAAGAACCUCGAGAUGGGCCCCACUGGCUCGCCCAGGGUUGACGAGAAGAAGGAAGCCGCAAAGCCCGCCGCCAAGGGACCCCGCAACGUCAGCGGUGUCACCGUCGAAGACAAGAAGGAGGGUAAGGGCAAAGCCGCCAAGAAGGGCGACCGCGUCGAGAUGCGCUACAUCGGAAAGCUGAAGAACGGCAAGGUUUUCGACUCCAACAAGAAGGGCAAGCCUUUCGCGUUCAAGCUCGGUGUCGGCCAGGUCAUCAAGGGCUGGGACGUCGGUGUCGCUGGCAUGACCGCUGGUGGCGAGCGUCGCCUUACCAUCCCCGCUGCCAUGGCUUACGGAAAGAAGGGUGCUCCCCCGGACAUUCCCCCCAACUCUGACUUGAUCUUCGACAUCAAGUGCAUUUCGGUCAACUAAAUUGGUUGACCUUUUGAAUGCGACACGAGGACUCACCCGCCUCCUGUACGAUGCCGCUACGCUCCACUCGAGUGCAUGAGUGCAUUUCCUUGUUUGAAUUUUCCUGCAUAAGCGAUGUAUGAGAUAUCCGACUUGCAUACUGGUUGUCGAUGUGCGAGGAGGACGGAUUUCUCGCACGAGCACGUGUAUGCCCUUUCCUAUCUGUCUGAUCAUCUAGCGAGGCGUAGACACGCUGAGGAAGCUACUAGAAAAGUAAUGGAGUUCCGGUAGUUGGGUAGUCGAUCAAAUCCAUCAAGCAUAUUCAACGUUACG